AUGGAGGGCGGAAAUGGAACCAACGGUCACGAUCUCCCCGCAUUUAAGCUUCUUCUUUCAUGUCCCUCUGGCCUCUCUCCAUCUCAGGUGUCUGUAGUUUUUGAUCAAUCAUAUGAUCGGAUUCCUCAUCCGGAUAUCAGUUUGGAAAAUUCCAUUUCCGAGAUAUGGGAUGGGAGAAUUCAACAAAAUCCUUCUCUCUUCAAUGGACUAAAGUUUAGGUAUGGAGGACACAUCCUUAGUGGUGGCAAUGAUUCCUCUCAAGAGACUCAUGUUUGCCUUCACCUUGGUCUGACAGAUUAUAGGACUUUUGUUGGAACAAACUUGAAUCCUUUGUGGGAAAGAUUUCUUUUUCCUUCUGAAGAUGAUUGUAGACGGUGUCAACACACAUCUAGUCCGCUAGGAAAUGGUGCAAUUGUAGAGACGUCUGAUAGAAAAAUACUUGUGCUGCAAAGAAGUACUAAUGUUGGUGAAUUUCCGGGAUCCUUUGUUUUCCCUGGUGGCCAUCCAGAGCCCCAAGAAGUUGGAAUAACAUGCCAUCUGCAUGAUGGAGAGUUGAACUGUCAGAUGGUCAACAGAAAGGUUUCUGAAGAAAUGUUUGAUAGCAUCAUUCGUGAAGUAGUUGAAGAAAUUGGAGUUCCUGCUGCUACCCUGGGAAAGCUUUUCUUUAUUGGCAUAUCCCGCAGAGUGUUGAAUGUUAGACCAACUGCUUUCUUCUCUAUUAAAUGCAGCCUUCAGUCGGAGGAGAUUCAACAGCUUUAUACUAAUGCUCAAGAUGGCUACGAGUCAACCAAGCUUUAUGCUGUGACAAUGAUUGAAUUGGAGGGCAUGACAUCUAAAAUGCCUGGGUGUCACCAAGGAGGAUUUGCACUGUAUAAGUUGAUGUUAGAUGCUGUGGAGAUACCCUGA